AUGGAUCAAGGAGGCCCUUUACAGCGAGGCCGGAGAGCGCCCAACCAUGGUAUCAAGAGAGGUACGGCCUGUGAGCGUUGCAAUCGGCGAAGAACAAAGUGCGACGGAUCUGUCACUGGUGUACCAUGCUCAGCUUGCCGGAAGAGUGGCCAUGAUGGGCAGUGCGCCCUUAUCCAGUCCAAACGUCGAAGAGGCCCUGAUGGACGAUAUACGUUGCUGCCUAACAUCGAAUCACGUCGCAGCUCAGGCAGUCCUGGCAUUGCCCCAAGCAAUGAGGAUGAAUCUAUGGCCUUGACUACGGGAGACUCUCCAACAGAAGGGGAGCACAACAGGGCUUCAAUGCAACAACCGGGCGAUACGGCUAUCACUAGGCCUGCCUCCGAUCAGCAUGCGAGUCCUAACACCCAACCAAGCGUCGUUGGAGAGAGCUGGUACGCUUCCUAUGUAAUGAGAGGUUACACGCCCGGCCACAACAGUGUUCACCGUCUAAUUGGUGAUUGUAACGAGACUGUUCAGAGCGUAACACGGGACACGAGAAGGGACAGUGUCUGCAGUCGACCAACCAUACCUCGUGAGAAGACAACACUUGGACCCUCUCAUCAAGGUCUACUUCAACAGAUUUCACACCUUUGUCCGAUCCUUGGCAAAAAGUAUUUCCUCGCGUCUCUCGAGGAUGGGACAAUAUCCGCGACCUUACUCCGAAGUGUCCUCUUCGUGGCAUCAUUGCAUUGUGAUCGCGAAGUAUUGCAUCUUAUGGGUUACAGCACUCGAUGGGACGCCAACAAUGCUCUGUACAACAAGGCCAGCGCAGCGUUUGAUGCUGAUCGAGAAUCGAGUCGUACACAUAUGAUCCUGUCGUCUUACCUGCUUCACUACUGGUUUGGAAGUCCGACAGCUUAUCGCGAUUGCCACUGGUGGCUCGCUGCUGCGAUACGAUCUGCGCAGUGUACAGGCUAUCAUAGGAGCACAAGGAAUAGCAAGAUGGCGCCAGAGGAGAGGUCGCGGUGGAAGCGCAUCUGGUGGUGUCUUUAUGUUCGUGAUCGUCAGAUUGCCAUCUCCACCGGGACACCAAUGGUUAUCAACGAUGAAGAUCACGAUGUCGAAGAACUUUCUGAAGAAGACUUCACUGAAGAAGGCCCGGAGACGGUACAAUACAUCGUAUCACAGGUCAAGUUGAGUAAAGCCAGUAGGUUCGCCGAUGUCCAAUCUUCACUAAAAGCACUAACGAAACAUUACUACUUGAUAAACCUCAGCCAGAGGCUGCAAAGGCAGUGCAAUGGCUUUAAGGAGGUCAAGCCCGUCCUUGACGCGGCAGCACAUAUAUUCAGCCUGGUCGAGAACUCAUUGCUGUUCUGGACUCCGGAGCACUUUCCCAUGAUAUAUGUCUCUGCUCUCUUCUCUGCGAUGAUGGCUCUUGCAGUUGAUGUCAAAACACCAGCGCCCCAAAGUGACCAGAUUUUCGUCAAGAUCCGGCCCGGAUUACUGGCUCUCAAGCAGUUUGAAUCAGUCUACAUCUUGGCGCGAUGGAUCAAGAACUUCUUCAUGGAUAUUCUGAAUCGCCCACCCGCGGAAGAAGCACAGACACAGCCCACGAACUCAAAUGGAGACGACGUAGAAGGUGAGGGAAUAAGUACUGAGAUGAGAAAUACCAGCGCGAAUCAGGUCCUCGAAAUCGAUGUCCAGAGGAACACCGCACCAGCUAACCAAGCCGCACAUGACGAGACAGGCUUUGAAGACCAUAACUUCGCAUUUGACCAAAGUUCGGGAUUUGAGGGAGGCGGGUUUUGGCCGACAUACCUGGCAAACGGCGUCUUUUCAGGCGUCCAGUCGAGUAAUGACAUGGAGUUUCCGCACCCGGACUCGUUCCAGUAUCAAGCCAUGUACUUUCUGGCCGAUCUGGGAAUAGCAAACACUGAGCCUAUAGAAUAA